AGAAAGUCUUUCAGCUGAAGUGGUAGAUUGUAUCUCAUCUGCCUGAAGACAAGACCCUGAAAUAAACUGUGACUACCACCUGCUAUUUUGCUAUUCAGCACAUCAAAACUAUGAAUUACAGGACAAUUGUAAUGUACACUGAAAUAGGUUGCUUUGUGACCUGUGUGAUUGGAUGGAUGUUGGUUUGUUCCACCAUGCCAAUGGAAUACUGGACUUUCUCAGAGGUCGCAUCUACAGUCCUCACUACCAAUUACUUCCAUUCCAACCUGUGGAAAGACUGUACCACUGAUUCAACUGGGAUGAUUGACUGCAAGGAGUUUCCGACAUUGCUUGCUUUGCAACCUUAUAUCCAUUUGUGUCGAGCUCUAGUUAUCAUCUCUAUAUUACUGGGAAUAUUUGGAUCCAUUCUAGCCUUGGUUGGAAUGAAGUGCACUAAACUUGGUGGGUCAGAAAUUGCGAAUGCAAGAGUUACCUUUGCUGCAGGGAUGAAUUAUCUCACAUCAGGUCUUUGUUCUAUUUUUGCUUACAGCAUCUAUGGACAUAAGGUUGUUUCAGAGUUUCUUGAUCCCAACUAUCAGUCACAAAAGUUUGAGCUUGGAACAGCACUCUAUAUUGGGUGGAGCGGGUCAGUUCUUCUCAUAAUUGGGGGACUGAUUUACAGCAUCUUUGCAGGAAAGGAGGGCUGUCAUUCAAGCUCAACCACUAAAGAGAGUCUGACAUAUUCAGCAUAUCGCACACCCUCUUCUGGAGUAAUAGUGCCAAGCAAACAAGCAGCCAAACGUCCAUCUUCACUUCGUCCUCAGUUUGAAAGCAAGAGGUCUGGGCACACUAGCAGGGCUAAACGCUAUAAGAAGGAUGAAUAUGUUUAGCUUAUUCCUGUUAUUAACAUUCUAGUAAGAAAUGGGGACAAAAUUGUCAAAUACAGUAUAUUAAGAGUGUUUUCUGUCCUAGGUUGCUUAGUAGUGAAAUUGAUAAGAAAAAAUGAUCGGCUAUCUUGGUAAGUAGUCGUGAAACUGAUUUUCUGAAAGCGAAAACUGUGGUGCUGCACUAGAUGCUGCAUUAGUGAUUAAAAGUAUGCACUUUUAUUGGAGUUGCCAGAUCAUAUCUCAUAAUAUAAGAUAUUUUGUAAUCCAACUGCCCUGAAAGCGAAUUACCUAGCAGUUGCUAAUAGAUAUAAUUUAGUUAAUAUGUAAUUUGGCCAGAACAUUUUAAACAGUAAUUGUAAUGGGAAUAGCCUAUCCAGUUUGGCAACUACCUAUUGUCUUACCAAUUCCUCUAUAGGUGCGCAUGUUUUACACUGACGUUAGCUUUACUGGUGUGAGCUGAAGAAGUCCACAGACACGGAAUGAAUUAAAAUAUGAAUAAAAGUGAUAUCACAUAGGCAAAUGUCAUGAAUCCAGCAGUGGUGGAAUAGGGGGAAGCUGUUUUACAAGGGCAAUUAUGUUUUUGUUAUUUUGGCCAAUUUGGGGGGAACAAUUGUUGAUUUCUACUCAGCUGCUUCAUAGAAACUGUGUCUUGUUUUGUGAGUUAAAAUGACCGAAGUGUUUGGUCUGCAAGUACAAUUAGGAUAAUGCAGAAAUUAUAACAUAAUACAGUAUAUACUGUAUAAUAUAACAUGGCUUAUAAUAUAAUAUAAUAUAAUAAUAUAACAUGUAAUGGCUUUAUAGUGGGGAAAAAUAUGAGUUCACAAAAUACAGUACAUUUGACUUAUCAGAUGUGAGACACAAGCCUACUUGUCCCAUUUCUGUUCUAUGCAAAAUAUCUAAAUUCUACUAAACGGAAGGUUGCUUUAUUAAAAUAGGCUCAAGAUUUA